UCAGUCAGUUACCAAUGAUCCUGUGUUGCAUACUAAGUGGUGUUUAAAUAAUGGAUGAAAAUUAUUUGACUAAACCUAAGCAGUGACAUGUUUGCCGACACUUGAACAGAAACUGUUGGCCAUUAGGCACAGCAAGAGCAGUUGUUGAUUUUAGCCUCCUGAAUAGUCUGCCCACAACUGUGUUCUAUCAUCAAGAAUAAUCCAGUGUUAGAGAAGGCAGCUAUGCUUUCGCCAAACUAUCAGAAAGUUCAUAUUACACUCACAUAAAGCAAUUGGAUGAUGAAAAUGGCAUGCCUUCUGAAUUUUGAUAUGAGGACUUUCAUGAGAGAAACAUUUCAACUACCUCAUGCCUUAUCCAGGAAAAUGUGCUGGGCCUCUACAGGGAACAAAAGUUUGUGAUGGGAGAAGAAUUGCAAGGUAAUGGAGAAACUGCCAACAAGAGAAUAGUUUCAGCACUUUCAGAAGGCCUAGGCCUACGUGACACAAAGGUCUAAGAUUUCAGAUUCAGCAUGGCAAGAUGGCAGCCAGACACAAUAUAUCUUCCAAACUCUUCCUUUCCAUCAGGACCUUUGUGUUUGCCUCCAGAACUUGAUAUAAGAUCCACUGUUGCACCUCCUAUAUACAGGCCCCUGACAGCAAGUGCUGUCAAUGAAGACAUCAUCCUGCUUGCUGAAUUUUCUGAGAUCGAGGGCCCAAUGCCACUCCUGACAAUCCCACGAUGUCAGCCAUCACACUUGGACUUAAAUGACUUUGUAGUGAAAGUGAUGUCAACAGAUUACUUAAACACAAGUGGUGAGUUUCGUGUAUGUGCAGACACCCAAAUGGUGCAACAGGAUAUAGAGCCUGGCAUACAUGUAUAUGUACAUUAUUUCACUCUCUAUGAUGUAAGAGCACGAGGAUUUGUUAGACCCAUGUGUCUGUCAUACAUAUCCUCUGACUCAAGGAAACUUCUCCAUUACUUCUCACAUCUAAGACUGCUUUUUAGUAAGGCAACCAAAUAUUUGAAGUUGAGCAACCUCACUCGAUUCACAAAUGAAAUGCAGGAACUUAUUACAGAUCUUGAAUACACAAAGGACCGAUAUAUCCAAGUUCAAAGGCAGUUUUCAAUUGAUAUGGAAUCCAGCCCUUUACCUCAAGAGAUGGCAAAAACUCCAGAGGAGAUACUAACCAUUCCACAGCUGUGCACCAAAGAUGCUGACCAAACUAAAGUACAAAGAGCAGUAAGAGAAAUAUUCAGUACCACAGCAGCCACAGGGAUUCCCCACUACAAUGGGGUUUUAGAAGAAGCCGUUCCCACAAAUUUGGGUUCUCUAGGUUCAGACGAUAAAGACCUAGAGGCAGCAGGACAAAAACAGUCCACUCCAUCUCAGACCCCAGUAUCUUGCAGCUUGUUAAAUCCAGAUGAUGAUGAAGAAGCACUGUUAAAACAUACAUCACUGGAAGCUGUUGCUAUGCAGCUUAUGGAGUGCCAGCAUAUUAUGGAUAUUGUAAAACCUCAUAUGGACAAAAAGGAUAUUGAAGAAGACCUUGCCUGUCUUGCAGACCAGAUCCGAUCAAAACCCCAGUCGCCCCUUUAUAAGGCCAUGUCCAAGUUGUCUAUGCUUGAUGUCACCAAAGAGAAAACUAAACCAGCCAUAUGUGUUUUGUCACUGAUGAAAAGAAAUUUCCGUGAUAUGCGUUCUGUGCAGCUUUUGUGUGGUGUGGGGUACAUCACGUGUCUUAUAAAGCUGCAGUCAAUUCAUGAAAAGUUUAGUAAGCCUUUCUUGACUUUGAUAUUUGAAGACCUAGAUCGAGAAAUUCACGAGAAUCCCUUUGGCUCCUUAUUUGUUGGCAAUAUUCCCAUCAUUAACGUUGCCAAAUUGAAAUGUAACAGCCCGUCAGUGAAGCCAAAGUCAUAUUCAGCGCUCUGCUGGGAUGAACACUUUGUUCAAUUUCUGGGUGGCGAGGCAUCGCAGGAGGCAACAUCAGAUUCUGACUACUCAGAUGCCUUUGAUUUGCCCAAAGAUGGUCCUGAUGUGGCGGCAGCGGCAGACUGUCUUGAGGUAUUUCCAGUAAUGAGAGCAUCUGACAGUGGCACAGCCAGGCAGGCAGAGAGCAAGGAGGGCCUGGCCAAGGCUUCAGAGAAGAAGGACAACCUGGAGUCAAAGUCUGAGCCGCCUUUACUUGAUGAAAGACCAGCCGAUGAUAACACAGGGGCCAGUGAGCCCAUUCAACAGGAUCUGAGUCAAGUAGAUGGGGGUGGUGUUGGUGGAAGUCAGCAUAGCAACAGCAGUGGCAGCAGCUGGGCCUCUCUGAUUCCAGAUCUAGCAGGAUUUGAGGAGAUUGAAGAGGAAGAGGAAGUGCAAGAGGAUAUAGCGAUGGCACUUGGAGAGGAACUCAUAACACAUGUUGGCAUUAGAGAACGAAUGAUUGCAAGUAAAGCUUGUCGUCUUUCUGGGCUAGUGCAGCAGUUUUGUGGAGUGUCACACUGUCUCAUUCACUCACUGCUGUCGGGAAGACCUGUUGUCCUUGCUGCAGCUGACCACUAUCGCUCUUUGGUAAUGCUGUAUGUGCGGGCGCUCUCUACUUUACUUCCACGCUCGCCACGACAAAAACUGCCCAUACUAAGGUGGCACACUGGCACCAUCACAAGUUUUCAUAUUCAGCAUUACCGUGUGGUAGGGCUGUGUAUCCCAGAGAGACUUCACGUUCAGGAUCUCAUGUCUAAUUCUACGCUGAAUCAAGUCACAGUUCUGAAUAUUGAAACUGGCCACAUAUCAGGGGUAGCAUACAGUGGAACUCUGGUACGAGGAGUGGAGCAAUACGGCCGCAGACUGUUUCACUCCAACUCAGCACUUCAGGCAGCUUUACAAGCAAUUCUGGUUACUUUGGGCUUAAAGAUAUAUUUGUUGUACCAUCUUCUGGAGACGACUGAUCGUAGUGCCAAUGACAUACUGAAGGGAAUAGGAAUAGCCAAAGGGGACUGGGACAUUAUAAAAUAUUUAACUGGCUUAAUACAGUCACAGCUGAAAAAUGCAUAAAGGUAACCUGAUGGCAAAUUUGUACUUAAUUUAGUAUGAUAAAAUUAUAUAUCAAUGAGUGAAGAAUACUUCCAUUACCACGUUAAAGUAUUUCAGGAAUUAAUGUGAGGAUAAUUUUUUUUAUACAGAUAUAAUUGUAUAUAUACUUUUGGAUGUGUUAAAUUGUUUAUUGGUUUAUAUAUUUGUUAAAGAAAAAUCUAACUAAUUGUUAAACAAGUUUAUUUGUAUGACAGAUUUUUCUUGCAGCUUCUGUGACCACUGAUAAUCAUAGUUAGUGAAUUUAUUUAUUGAAUAUUCAGUAUUGUAUUUCAUAUAGUGCUGGUAUUGUAAUAGCCAAAGUUAAAAUGUGAUAAUCAUCUACAUAUUUUCAGUAUUUUUUAAGUAGAACAUAGACCAUCAUUCCAAAAUUUUAUGCAUCUCCUUCUAUAUAUUAAUUUAUAUUGUUUGAAUAUGUAUGUAUUAUAUCUAAAUAACACUUUUCCAGUUUGGUAAA